GUAGAGAGAGAGAGAGAGAGAGAGAGAGAGAGAGGAAGAGGCGUUCUAACAGUGAGAGCGGAAGGUAGCGAAGGGCGAAGGCGGAGAAACAAAUGGAUCCAGACGCUUUGUCGAAAGCAUUCGUGGAGCAUUACUACUCCACCUUCGAUACCAGUCGCGCUGGUUUAGCUAACCUUUACCAAGAGACUUCCAUGUUGACUUUUGAAGGUCAGAAGAUCCAAGGCUCUCAGAACAUCGUUAACAAGCUCACAUCUCUCCCUUUCCAGCAGUGCAAACAUACCAUCACCACCGUCGAUUGCCAGCCUUCUGGACCUGCCGGCGGUAUGCUCGUCUUUGUCAGCGGCAAUCUCCAACUUUCCGGAGAGCAACACGCUCUUAAGUUCAGUCAGAUGUUCCAUUUGAUGCCAACAGCACAAGGAAGCUUUUAUGUGUACAAUGACAUAUUCCGCUUGAACUAUGCUUGAGGUUUGGUUUGAUUUGAUUUGGGUCUGUAUGUCUACAACUACAACCAAAGGUGGGCCCAAUUCCAGAAUGUGGUUAUUUACUUUUUGGUGUUUUUAAGAUAUCAUUGAACCAUCCGAAAGAAACUUCUAUUUUAUGACUCUUGCCUAUUUGAUAACUGUAAUUUGAUGAAUUGGUUUGGUUGUAUAUGGCUUGGCUUGGCUACUUGUUAAAUGUUGUUGAAAUUAAGCACACACUAC